AGAAAGCUGUGAUGUCUUAAAACAAAACACACCGAAAAGCGGAGGUACGCGACCUGAACCUGGCAACACGAGCAAUUAUAGUAACCUAACGUUAAUUCAUUAUUUUGUAGUAGGCAAUGAAUGGCCUCAAAAUUAAUCUAUGAACCGCUUUUUUUAAAGUGCACCGUAUGUAACGUUAGUUAGCUUAGCUAACUAGCUGACGCUACUGUAUCCAACGCAGGAUAAAACAGCCCCAAGUCCCAAAGUUUAAAGAUGUGGAAACGAGGCGGUCGAAGCUUCGCUCUGGACCGAGCUCAAGCACUGCUCUCUGCCAAGAGGAACAGCAGAGAAGGCGUUAAGUCUGUGCAGGGAGCUACAGUACAUACAGUGAGUGCUGUGGAAACCAGAUUUUCUUCCUCAAAUACACACCCUUCAUUCUCAGAUCUGAGUGAUCUGUCCUCAGUCAGCUCAGCUCCUGAGCAUGGAGCUGACACCUUGGGCUCUGCUGCUGCGAAGACCCAGAGAAGAGAGGGCGAUUCUACCAAGGAUCUCAGACCUCAGAGCUCUCUGGGUGGAGGAGGGAGCAGGUUCUUAAAGAAGGCUCCACCACCUGCAACCAACAGCAGCCAGUCACCUGUCAGCAAAAGCCAAAUGCAGCAGGUGCCUAAACACAGAAAAGUGUCAUCUUCCCAGCAAGGAUCCCAGACUGCUGCUUUGAGUAGACUGGCUCAAGUUGAGAGCCAUAUCCACAGCGGCAAGCAGGUUCAGGAACAUGCCAGACAGGGGCAAAAACCUGCUGAGAAUCUAACCUCAGAUGUGGGAAUCUCACCACCACCAGUCGCCCACUCCCUGGAGGACCCUGUGCAACUCUCAGCACAGUCCAGCAGUGACACAAGUCUGAAGGGGAAACGUUUCUUUAAGAACGUGACGGCUGUAGCUGUUAACAAUAGUAAUACUGCUGCUCCAAAAGAAGCAGAUUUUGGUGUCCGGUCCAGGUCCAGAGCAGCUGAUGCCGUAGUUCCUUCGGGAGGUUUGGCGACAAAGUCAAUAAGAGCAGUGAGUGGUGUGAGUCUGGAAAUUGAUGAAGAGGACAUGAAGAAACUGCUUGGAGACUCGUUGGAUUCAAUAGACAACAAUUUCUUAAUUCCAGGGAGACCUUCUUUCAUAAGGAGAGCAGACAAGCUGUUGAGCAAAAGCAGCCAGAAGGUCUACUCCUCACCUCUUCCCACUACUUUCCCUCCCUCAUCAUCCCCUAACACAGCACCACCCCACUCUCCUGCCUCUCCUUCUCGCCACAGUUCUCCUUUCCGAUUCAUCGGUCAGGCUCACUUCAGCCCCUCUGUGCUCUCCCUAUCCCCCUCUCCUCCCUGUGUCUCCCCAUCUCCUCUGAGACUGAACUCCCCUCACAGGAUGGGGAGUCCACAGCGUUCCCUCUCGUCCAUGUCAGGCCGUGAUGAGGUGCUUUCUCUGGAGGAGCUCUUCUUGGUUGGACCUGGCUCUGAAGAUCCCCACAGUGAAAUAAGUGCAGUUACCUCUGAAGACUUCAAAAUAAAUGUGGUGACAUUAGACGACCUUGUCCCUGCUACCCUUGAAAUUACUGAGGAAACACCAGGAAAGGAGAGAGAAGUCAAACACAGCGUCCCUCUUCUUGGAUCCCCUAACAGACAUCAACAGCAGCUACGAUAUAAGGAGAAGAAAGAGGAGCAGCAGGAGGGCGCAUUGGACUACCAAAGUGACUUCGAGAGUGAGAGCAGGACAGAGUCAAAAUACAGUGUCAACCAGAUUUCAGAGCACUUGCAAGAAGAUGGAGAUGAAGAGAAGGUGGUACUAGAGGUCAGAGAGGAGGAUUCAGAUGUGUCCUGUGAGAGGACCGAAGAUAAUUACUCAAGCACUUUCUCAGACACAAGUCGCUCCUGCACCUCACAGACCCCAGAUCACAGUCAAACACGCAGAAGCAGGGACUCCAGAUUCUCUGUAUCACAUGACAGCCUGAACCUAACUCGCAAGUCAAGGAGGCAUGCUUCAACUAGAAUGGUUUUAAAAGAGGCAGAAGUACAGACUCAGCCCAUUCCACUGGCUUUAACAUGGCCCGCAGGUAUGGCUACUUUGAGUCCUGCAGUGGGCAUUACUUACAUGGAUCCCACCCCAAUGGUUGCUCAUACUCUCAGUGCAGAAAUGGUGGAAGCUCUCAGCACCUUCAACCCAGCUGUAUUAGCACUCAAUGAAAUGCUAAAACAGCAACUUGCCAUGACAAGGUGUUUCAUCGAAAGAGGCCGACAUCGUCACUUCAGCCUGGUGCAGGGCCUGGGACCACCAAACUACAGAUACACCAUGCUGGAGGACACCAAAGAGUACAUUCGCAAGCACAGACCUCCCAAACUGACAAUGGAGGAAGCUUUGGAAGAGGUGGUGCAGGAGAUGAGAGACUCCCAUAUCUGACCACUACUACUGAAUGUCCAGGAUUACUGAACAAACAUUUGCCAUGUCAUUGUUAAAAUAAGUUGUAUAUAUAAUUAAAAUAUAUUUUACUACAAUUGGAAGAAUUACGGUAGUUUAUCAAAAAACAAA